CUCCUUUCUGCUAUAUAAAUAAAUAUUUUCUUCUGUCCAUUUGUAUUGUAAUAAAAAAAACUGCAUAUAUUUUCUGGGUAAGAAGAAGCAGCAAACAAAUCGAUCUUUUCAAAGAGGUUGAUGGGGUUAGAAGUUACAGAUACCUGUAUGGAAAAGGAGCAAGGUGUUUCUCCGGAUUCAAGUUACAUGAGAGAUGGUAAUCAAGAUGUGUUGCAGUCAUCUGAGCAUGCCAUUGGGGAGCAGAGAACUGAUAUGCUGAAUGAGAAUGUUGAAACAGAAGAGCAUGAAGCGAAGGACUGCACAGCUGAAAUGUCAGUUGAUAGCAGACAGGAACAAGAUCGACCAAGCUCAAAGGUAAAAGAUGAUAACGGGAGAUCAAGAUCUUCCGUGAAAUCAAUAACCAAAUCUGUUGCUGGAAGCUGUAAAACAAAGUGCACUGUUCCCCUGCCAUUUGCUCUGGCAACUGAGAGGCGCACUUCUCAUGGAACACGUCCUGUUAGGAAUGAUGCAGGUGACGUGAGUGCUGCACAUAAGCCAUCUGAAACAAAUAAUUUGCAAGCCCCGAGAUCUGUACAAAACCAGGUUUCUUCAUCAGUUGCACUUAAGAAGCCACUGCAAUCUGAUAAUAAGAAAUAUUCUGAUGAGGAAGACUCGUCAAUUGCCUCUUGUGAUGUGAUCUCAGCAAGAAAAUCCAGGGUCACUGUAGCGGCAGCCCCAGUAUUUCGGUCCUCUGAACGUGCAGCAAGAAGGAAGGAGUUUUACUCAAAGUUAGAGGAGAAGCAUCAAGCUUUGGAGGCUGAGAAAAUUCAAUGUGAGGAAAGGACAAAGGAAGAGAGAGAAGCAGCUAUGAAGCAAAUGAGAAGGAAUUUGUUGUUUAAGGCAAACCCAAUGCCGAGUUUCUACCAUGAAGGGCCUCCACCUAAGGCUGAACUGAAAAAGCCACCACCAACCCGUGCAAAAUCACCAAAAUUUUGCAGAAGGAAGAGCUGUGGUGACACAGGUGGCUUGGAUAAAGAUGUAGGAGCUUAUGAUAGAGGAAGUCAGCAUAUUCUUGGUUACGAUGCAAAUACCACCUUUGCUUCUAGAAAUAGUAAAGACCGUCUCAAUAACCGACGGGGUUCUGCUACUUACAACUUUAACAAUGAGUCCAAUCACGCGGGGGGGACAAAUGAGUCAUAUAUGACUGAGAAGCAAGACGACAUGAAUAUGGAUAUUAGCGUUCAUUCUUGAGCCUUUGAAGUCAUUUGCAGUCCAGCCUCAUAGCAUGUCUGGCAAUGAGACUCCAAAAGGAAGUUUGGGAUUUCCAGUUUGAUGAUUUUUUCCAUAUCCAGUGCGCGAACACAAGGUGAGUGAUUGUACUUAGCGAGGGAAAACAAGAUGAGAGGCACAGGGGCCAUGAAGAUGUGUUUUAGUGGUGCAGUAAACUUUUGUUUUUCUCAAUUUGGGUAGGAGUAAUGAUGUAAAGUUUGGAAAGCAAAAGGGGAAGAUGUAAAUGGAGCGUAAAGCAAGUUAUGCUCAAGUGUUCGUGUAGAUAUUCUGCAAAAUGUGACUUUUUAGUUAGAAAGUGACUUACAUAUGUGGAACCAAAAUCACAGUCAAAAAGGUCCAAAUCUUAAAAUUUGUGUAUGCUUUUCAAAUCUUGAAGUUAGUGUGACUUUUAAACUUGGUAUA